CAUCACCUGACCCUGCUGUGUGAGUGAUGACCGCCGACUCCCUUCAAAGCUUGCGUGUGUCUUCUGAACCAGGCGCCUUCACAACAAAGUCUUUUCUCGCCGGUUCAUUUGGCGCCAGGUUGUAAUUGUGUGGAAUAAGUGUUCAUGUUCCAGUGCACAAAUGUAUUUGUCCUUUCUGUCACUGCUGAUGGGGGAAGACGAGUGGAAGUGAAGAUGUUGUUUUCCAUCCUGACACACACAAAAAAAAACCCCAAUAGCUGAAUGGUUUGAGUGAGAGUGAAGGUCUGAGUCUGGUGUGGGACCAGAGCGGGCUUUGCUCUCCUCUGGGCCUCAGCUGUUGCUCCCUCAAAACAUUGCACUUGAUGGUGUUCUCCGUCCAACAUCGAUGGCUGGAUAAGUGGCCCUCACUCGUGUGUUCGGAGCCACCAUUGAUCACUGCGAUUGGCUGUCGAGCUGUCAGUCAGGAUACAGAGGUGAUGAAUGUCUUUGCUGCGUGUCGACUUGGGAUGCUUUCUGGCUGCGUUUCUUGCCGCCUGGCUCUGCAGGCAGCAGCUUCUGCGUCACACUUGUGUCAUCAGGUUUGAGCUUCUAGUCAAACAUGGAGACAUUUGUUGUUUUUUUUUACAGUAAAUAAGCGCUCAUAUUCUUCCUCAAUUAAACUGUUGAAUAUACAUACGUAGUACAAUUUAGCUUAUUAAGAUAAAUGUACUUGAGGAAAUAAUUGAUAUUAUAUAAUAUUAAUAACUAAUAAUAAUGAUUAAUGCCAUUAUUAUUAGUUAUUCGAAUGUUACAUGUUUAAUACAAAAUAUAUUUUCACAACAGGUUUAUAUAAAGAAUGAUUGAGGAAAUGAAUAAGUUAAUUUCAAUAGAUUAUUAUUCUAACUGAAGUAUAAAUAGUAUGUUUAGUUUUCUUAUUUGAAAGACUGAAAGUGCACCACAGUUGCAUGUAAAAGAAAAUUAUGACUAGGAGGGAAAAUACUAUAUAAAGCAGGAAAAAAACAUCACUGUGUGCGGUUUAUUUCUCCAAACAUGGCUGUCCUGUGGUCACGGGGGCUGGAUGGAGAGAAAAGGGAGGAGGAACUGAAGAGAAGGAGGGAGGAGAGAGGAGUGCCGGGGCGGCGUGGGAGUUUAUCAUCGCCCAUAUUUCAAGGCUGGUCCCAGUGACAGAUCUCAGCAGACCACCGGCUCCUCUGCUCCGUGUUCUUUCUGUCAAAGGUCCAACUUGGCAGAGGGAGGAUGCUCAGUGUGACCGAAGGACACAGCCGGCUUUAGACAGGACCCCAGCCUUCUCACCCGUCCGUCUGCAGAGCUGCGGCUGUCUUCCUCCUGCCCCACAACCGUUUCCCUGCACACGCCGCUGUCAGCCUCAUGUCCUUUGUUGGAGCCCCGGAAAAGCCCACCUCUGGCCCCAUGGGCCCCAAAGAGGUGGAGCUGGUCCUCGUGAAGGAGCAGAACGGGGUUCAGUUCACCUCCAGCACCCUGGUGGUCCCUCCACACACCACCCUCCACGGAGAAGAAGAGCGUGAGACGUGGGGGAAGAAAAUCGACUUCCUGCUGUCCGUCAUCGGCUUUGCCGUCGACCUGGCCAACGUCUGGAGGUUCCCCUACCUCUGCUACAAGAACGGAGGAGGUGCCUUCCUGGUGCCGUACCUCUUCUUCAUGGUCAUCGCCGGCAUGCCCCUCUUCUACAUGGAGCUGGCCCUGGGUCAGUACAACAGAGAGGGAGCAGCAGGGGUCUGGAAGAUCUGCCCCAUUUUCAAAGGUGUGGGCUUCACCGUGAUCCUCAUCUCCCUCUACGUGGGCUUCUACUACAACGUGAUCAUCUCCUGGGCGCUCUACUAUCUCUUCUCCUCCUUCACCAGUCAGCUUCCCUGGGUGCACUGCAACAACACCUGGAACAGCCCAAACUGCUCGGACUGGGCGGACAACAGCUCCAUCAGCGACAUGUACAAGUCCACGCCGGCUCAGGAGUACUUUGAACGAGGGGUUCUCCACAUCCAGGACAGCCAGGGGAUCGAUAAUCUGGGUCGCCCUCGCUGGCAGCUGACCUCCUGCUUGGCUGUGGUCAUUGUCCUCCUCUAUUUCAGCCUGUGGAAAGGAGUCAAGACGUCGGGAAAGGUUGUGUGGAUCACCGCCACCAUGCCCUACGUGGUCUUGACUGUGCUGCUCCUGCGGGGAGUCACUCUGCCCGGAGCCAUGGAUGGCAUUAAGGCUUACCUCUCCGUGGACUUCCGGAGACUCUGUGAGGCGCAGGUCUGGAUCGAGGCAGCCACGCAGAUCUGCUUCUCGCUGGGAGUGGGCUUCGGUGUGCUCAUCGCCUUCUCCAGCUACAACAAGUUCAGCAACAACUGCUACAGGGACGCCAUCAUCACCAGCUCCAUCAACUCCCUCACCAGCUUCUUCUCUGGGUUUGUGGUCUUCUCCUUCCUCGGGUACAUGUCCCACAAGCACAACGUGGAGCUGGACAAGGUCGCCAGAGACGGUGCCGGCCUGGUUUUCGUCAUUUACCCAGAAGCCAUUGCGACGUUGCCCGGAUCGUCUGUGUGGGCCGUGAUUUUCUUCAUCAUGCUGCUAACGCUGGGAAUCGACAGUGCUAUGGGCGGGAUGGAGUCCGUCAUCACGGGCCUGAUCGACGAGUUCAAGUUCCUCCACAAGCACCGGGAGGUGUUCACCCUCUUCAUCGUCUGCUCCACCUUCCUCAUAUCGCUGUUCUGUGUCACAAACGGCGGGAUGUACGUGUUCACGCUGCUGGACCACUACGCGGCCGGGACCUCCAUUCUCUUCGGAGUGCUGAUUGAAGCCAUCGGCAUCGCUUGGUUUUACGGAGUGGACCGCUUCAGCGACGACAUCGAGGAGAUGAUCGGCCACCGCCCCGGCUGCUACUGGAGGCUGUGCUGGAAGUUUGUCAGUCCCUGCUUCCUCCUGUUCAUGGUGGUGGUUAGCUUUGCCACCUUCAACCCCCCCAAUUACGGCAUGUACCAGUUCCCUCCGUGGGCCAACAUGGUAGGAUGGUGCCUGGCCAUUUCCUCAAUGACCAUGGUGCCUCUUUACGCCAUCUACAAACUGUGUUCGCUGCCCGGGAAGUUCUGCGAUAGACUGGCCUACGCCAUCACCCCGGAGACGGAGCAUCAUCUGGUGGACAACGGCGAAGUCCGGCAGUUUACCCUGCAUCACUGGCUGGUGGUCUGAGUGCAACUCGGGUGGGAAAAAAACUAGGCUGGGUUCUUGAGCGUGAGAAGCAGAACCGCAAAGAUUCAUAGCCAUUUCAGUUCAUACCAGUGGUGACAGCGGACGUCGUGUAAAAGUGCCGACAAAAACACAUGUAGAAUUGUUGUGUCUUUUCCUUUACGAUGGUGCGUCCGUGUGAGUCCCUGCACCGUCAAACUGCAACUACUAGUCGUGAAAAAUGCUGUAAGGAGAAGACUUUCAAAAUAUGUGAAAGAAAGCUCAGUAUUGUUCUUUAGUGAAUAGCAUGGAGAAUAAUUUGAAAUGGAUUCUUGAUAUCAUGAUUCCCUGCUGUCUUUCUUGACUGUUAUGAAAACCUGUGUUCAGACCGGUCAGAACACAGAAAGGCUCUGAAAAAUAAUGUAUAUGUAAGGCAACUAGCAAAACAGCUUUCUUACCUUUGAAUCAGCCAGAUUUUGUUGGACUCCCUUCGCACCGUAUCAGCAACCAAAGACUCGCUGCACCACCUUCACCCGCCCCAGUUCUCCAUUCUGAAGGCUGUCAUUAACCAUAAAACCAUAAAACCAUAAAGCUUGACCAUCGACAGACAGUUCUGGGGAAGCGCUGCUUUUUGAGACAUGGAUGUAGUGUGAUCUAUAUAAAUCUCUAUCUGUGUAACAGUUCCGUAGAGGGCUUGUGUUGUACCGCACUGUAAGAUCGAAUGAACCAAACUGAUCCGUAGCCGACUACGUGACAGUUUGUGGUGAGGUCAUUGCUCCUUCUUGUCCCAAGUGUUUGCUGUCCUGUGACUCGUGGUGUUUGUACAACCUUGUUUUUGUACCGUCGAAUAAAGACC